AUGUCGGACUCUCGGGGUGUGUUGCCUGAGUCUAUGGAUGUCCAGCUGCAGAAUUCUCAGUCGUUUUCGACGCAGGUGCAAGACGAUCCAGCACACCCGGUAGACAAGAACGCGCUUCUGGUCGGGAAGCCCGCGACCUCUGUACGAGCUCCCAAGCCCACCAGUUUGUCCUGGUCCCCGGUGCAGCCUGUGGACAGAGACCAGCCUGCAGAGGGCUCCGCUAUGGGAUCUGGAGCCCAGAGCAGUGGGCCGGUGUCGCCAGUAUCGCUUGGUAGCUUAUCUGAAGCGCUGCGAACGCCAAACGCCUCGGAGCGACAGAAGUACACGAGCAAACAACCCUCGUCCCCCGGAGGGACAUCACAAUUGCCGCCCCGUCUUCAUUCCCCGGCUUCCCAAAUAUUUGAGCGAAGUGUUCAGGAGGAUAUUCUUCCGCAACAAGCCUCUCCGUCGAUUCCGGCACACAUCCGUACCGAGAACUAUAUUCCACCCGUCUUAGAGGCAUCCUCAGCCGCCAUUACCGACGAGCAAUUGGAUCCGGAUUCUGUGGAAAUUAUCACGCAUAGUUUACAUCAAUCCGCCGCCGCAGGGGUGACUGGUCCCUCAACGGCAGAGCAGUCGUUGGCGUCCUCGGGAAUUGUUGAUCAUACAGGAAUCCACUCUAUGGAGGCUGACGAAGUCUCAUCCACUCAUGGAGCACUGGACCCGACGGAUGUGCGACGGUUGAGUUUUAUCUCGUUUGCCGAUGUUGUCAACGCAGAACAUGCAGAGACGGUCGACUCUGUCUAUAGUCGAGAGCUCUCCCAGGCUGGAGGCGCCUCAGGACAUUCAACAAGCUUCUUCGCAUGGACUUGGCACAUCCCCCCUACCAGCAUCGCGACCUCGUACAAAGGGCUCGAAAUGUCGCCCCAUCACGGGACCCGUGGGGCAGGAAGUCCACUCCCACUGGCUCAGAGCCCCAUAUCAUCCAGCUUUGGUGGUGAACUGAAUGUUGAAACGAUGCGGCAAGCUCUGAGAAGAACAGGUAGUGGGGAUCUGGGUGGUAUCGUAAGCCAGACGGCUAUUGCCAUCGGAAACGACGAGACCCUGGACCGCCCUUUCUGA